AUGGUUGAUAUUCCCUACUCUCCCCUUGGAACUCCUGUUGUUGAAACUGUUCCUUAUGAUGGUCUUAACUUCAAAACAGUUACUUGGAAAGUUCCGUCUGAUGUAGCCUACAAGGGCAAAAUUGUCUACGUGCACGGCUUUUUCGAGCAUUCCACCAUCUACACCGAGUUUUUUGACAAGCUUAGCCGUGAAGGGUACGAAGUGUUUUUCUUUGACCAGAGAGGUGCUGGAGCGACAUCACCAGGAAAGUUAGUAGGAAAGACUGACGAGUUCCACACCUUUGAUGAUUUGGACUUUAUGAUCAAACGAGAGCUCGAUGCACGUCUGGACAAGACAGAGAAGUUUUUCUUGGCUGGUCAUUCUAUGGGUGGUGGAAUUGCCCUCAACUAUGCCAUCUAUGGAAAACAUAGAGAUAGCAUCCGAGGAAUAGUGGUGUCGGGACCAUUGGUGGUCUUACACCCAAAAACACAACCUAAUGUAUUGGUACGCAAAUUGCAGCCUGUGAUCAACUCACUUGUGCCUGGAUUAAAAGUUGAUUCGAAACUUAACUACGACUACAUUACGUCUAACGAGGGUUGGAAACUGUACAUCAAAGAACACGACACCAAGUUGAUUGGCACUGUUAGACAGUUCAACGACAUGUUUGUUCGUGGCGAAAAGUUGCUCCAGAAGAACCACGUUUCCAAGUUCAAAAAGGAUAUACCGGUCCUCGUCUUACAUGGUACUCUGGACUUUAUUAAUAACAUUGAAGGGUCAAAGACCUUCAUCAAGUUAUUGCCUGAAGAAGUGGACAAGGAACUAGUUCCAGUCGAAGGAGGCAGACAUUCUCUCUUUAUUGAAAACGAGCAGAUUUUCCAGACUGUGUUCGACAAAGUGUUGUCCUUUUUGCUGUCUCAUUAG